AAAGAUGAAGCACAUUUCGUUCUUCUGCCUGCUUCUCGUUUGCCUAGGUGCGCUGCAGCUGCGCGCCCACGCAUCCCAGGAGGAUGCGCUGAGAGCCUUCAUCUCCUCCAGGAAGAUGGGCGAGAUCAGCUCUUCCGGCGCGUUCAAAGCGCGCAACAUAGCUGACAGGGUUGCCAGCAGCCUGAGUGCUGUAAAGACCAGCUCCGCAGUCUCGCACAAGGCGGCUGAUAAGAUCCGGGCGUUGCCGGGCCAGCCGCAGGGCGUCAACUUCGACCAGUACGGCGGCUACGUCACCGUCGACGAGGUCAACGGCCGCGCGCUCUUCUACUACUUCGUCCAAGCACCUACCUCCGGUGCUGCCGAAAAGCCACUUCUCCUCUGGCUCAGCGGAGGUCCAGGAUGCUCUUCACUCGGCUACGGGGCAAUGCAAGAACUCGGCCCCUUCCGUGUAUCGUCCCAGGACAACAAAACGCUCAUGAGGAACCUGAACGCAUGGAACUCCGUGGCUAACGUCAUCUUCCUGGAGUCACCCGCCGGUGUUGGGUACUCCUACUCCAACACGUCUGCCGACUACGAUCUCAGCGGAGACCAGAGAACGGCUGAUGAUGCGUAUAUUUUUCUGGUGAAAUGGCUGGAGAGGUUUCCAGAGUUCAAGAACCGUGCGUUCUACAUCUCUGGGGAGAGCUACGCCGGCCAUUACGUGCCGGAGCUCGCAGCCACAAUCCUGCUCCAUAACACCUACAACAACAGGACCAUUGUGAACCUGAAGGGCGUCCUGGUUGGAAAUCCGUAUCUUGACGACAACAUUAAUAGUAAGGGGAAGAUCGACUUCUUCUGGACCCAUGGGGUGAUGUCGGAUGAGGUCUAUGCUAAUGUCACCAAGCACUGCAACUUUGAUAGCGCGGUGGAGACACCCUCAGAGGCGGCAUGCAACGACGCUUUCAAUGUCUUCGAUAAAGGCGAAAUUGAUUCCUACAACAUCUACGCUCCAGUUUGCCUUGAAGGGCCUAAUGGAAAGUAUUACCCGAGUUCCAAUUUUCCUGGGUAUGAUCCAUGCAGUGAUAUUCCUACCGAAGCCUACCUCAAUGAUCCGGCAGUGCAGAAUGCUUUCCACGCUAGAGCGAGAAAGUGGGAAGGCUGCUCGACCUUGCGUUGGAAAGAUGCGCCAAUGUCCAUGCUCCCCACCGUCAAAUUUUUAGUCGACAGCAAGCUUCCCGUUUGGAUAUUCAGUGGUGAUUUUGAUUCUGUGUGCCCGCUUCAUGCGACGAGACACGCUGUCCUAGACCUCGCCCUUCCCGUCACGAUUCCAUGGCGCCCAUGGACUGCAAAGGAGGAGGUGGGAGGAUAUGUUCAGCAGUAUGCCGGUGGAUUCACAUUUCUUACUGUGCGAGGAGCUGGUCAUAUGGUUCCAUCCUUCCAGCCAGAGAGAGCCUUGAUAAUGUUGAGCUCUUUCCUCAAUGGGCCGCUACCAGCUUAGAGAAAAACCAUCACUCUAAGUCAUAUUAGAUAGAAUUAGCUCCAUCCCAGAUAGGCAGAAUUAGGAUUCUUCAUCCCUCUCAAUGUCUCUUUCCUUUGAGGUUCUUGAUAGGUUUUUUCAUAG